GGUCCUUGUGACGUCACAGGGACCCACUCCGGAAACAAUACUUGUUCAUUCUGUCUGAAAGUGUGCUAAUUCUUCAAAGUUGGGCGAGAGUCCUGUCCUGCUCUACAUUCCUGCUGCGUCUCUUACAUGGAGGAAAUGCUGUCCUUCUGGGAUGUGGCCAUUGAUUUCUCUCCAGAAGAGAGGGAAUGCCUGGAGCCUGCUCAGUGGAAUUUGUACAGGGAUGUGAUGUUGGAGAAUUACAGCCACCUUGAUUUCCUGGGUCUAGUUCUCUCUAAGCCACACCUGGUGACAUUUCUGGAGCAAAAGCAAGGGCCUAUGGGUAUGAAGAAACAAGUGGCAGCCACUGUGCAUACAGGAAAAACAGACAGUAAAGGUAAAGAUUACAGCAAGGCCUUUUAUUGUAAUUCACUGCUUAUUCAACACCACACAAAUAUACAGGAGACUCCUUACAAAUGUGAAGAAUGUGGUAAAGCCUUUCGUAUUCGCUCAAGACUUUCUAUACACCAGAGAAUUCAUACUGGAGAAAAAUCCUACAAGUGUGAAGAAUGUGGUAAGUCCUUUAAUACUCAAUCAAAACUUUCUGUGCACCAGAGAAUUCAUACUGGAGAAAAACCCUAUAAGUGUGAAGAAUGUGGUAAGGCCUUUAGUACUCACUCAACACGUUAUAGACACCGGAAAAAUCAUACUGGAGAAAAACCCUACAAGUGUAAAGAAUGUGCCAAAGUAUUUUCCUACCCUUCAUUACUUAAGGUACACCAAAGAAUUCAUUCUGCAGAGAAAUCCUACAAGUGUGAAGAAUGUGGAAAAUUAUUUUACUGUCCUUUAUUGCUUAAGAAACAUCAAAUAAUUCAUUCUGCAGAGAAACCCUACAAGUGUGCAGAAUGUGGCAAAGCUUUUCACUAUCCCUCAUUGCUUAAGCGGCAUCAAAGAAUUCAUUCUGGAAAGAAACCCUAUAAGUGUAAAGACUGUGACAAGGCAUUUUACUCUUCUGCCUUCCUUAAGCGUCAUCAGAGAAUUCAUUCGGAAGAGAAUUCCUACAAGUGUGAGGAGUGUGGCAGAAGGUUUUACUCUUUCCCACACCUCCAGGAUCACCAAAGAAUUCAUUCCGGAGAGAAACCAUACAAAUGUGAAGAGUGUGGGAAAACAUUUUCCACCCUCUCGUACCUUCCUUGGCACAAGUUGCGUCAUUCUGGGGAGAAAUCUUACAAGUGUGAAAUAUGUGGAAAAAUGUUUUACUCUACUUUAGACCUUAAAAAACACAAAAAAAUCCAUACAUAUAAGUGUAGGGAGUGCCACUGUGCCUUUCCAAAUCACUCAGCCCUUACUGAACACCAGAGAGUUCACACUGGAGAGAAACCCCAUAUAUGUGAACAAUGUGGAAAAGUCUUUUCUAGGCUUGAUAGCCUCAAUCAGCACCAGAUUGUUCAUACUGGAGAGAAACCCUAUAAGUGUGAAAAGUGUGGGAAAAGUUUUUUCCGAUCUUCAUCCCUUAGAAGACAUAAAGGGAUUCAUUCUUAAUAGGAACUUGACAUGUAUGUGCAAAGUUAUAAAAUCUUGCUAAAUAUUCAGUCCUUAUCUGAGACAAGUGAUUCCAUUGAGUAGAGAAGUCAUACAUUUGUCUCGGAUAAGGAAUGAAUAUUUAGCAAGAUUUUAUCACUUUGCACAUACUUGAAUGGUGAGUGCUUUACCACUAAGUCAACACUUUCUACCAACAAUAAAGUUCAAUAUGGAGAGAAGAAGUCCAAUUAUGAAGGGAGUGAUAAGCUUUUAGUGUUUCUUCAUAUUUUAAGUAACACAACAAUCUUCAUCCAGGACAUCAAAGCUAUAAUGUGAAGGAUGUGUUAUUGAAGGUUUGAAUUAUUGUUCAGUCGUGGUUCAACCUCAGUAAUUCUCACCUAAGAGAAAUCCUACUCAUGUACAGAAAAGGACCGGGGCUUACCUAUUCCUCAUGACUAUAUAAGCAUUGGAGAAUUCAUUCUGAUGAGGAAGCCAACAAAAGCAAUCAGUAUGGUAAGUUUUCUACCUGUUCUUUACACUGUGAGUAUCUGCAGAUACUUCAUACUGCAGAGACACUCUACAAGUACAAUGACCUUGAACAAUACUUCAAUCUUCAGCAACACCAAAGCAGUGAUAUAGGUGAGAAAUCCUCCAGAUGCAAAUGUCCUCCUUAGCUUUAGCUGUCAACUUCACCUAGGCCAGCAUUAUCUGAGUAGGUGCUUUCCUGGAUCAGAGUGCCUUAUGGGCAUGUCAGGGGGCCAUUUUCUUGAUAGGUAAGUGAUGUAGGAGAGCCCACCUAGGACAAGCAGUACCACCCUGGGGUCCUGGGUCACAUGAGAAUUGUGGGUGAGUAGGAGGCUGGGAAACACGUGAGGGAACAUGCUUUCUGCUUCCCUUCCAGUUAUAGCACCCCUGGAAGAGGAACCCUGACCCUUAUGUUGAAAUAAAAUAUUUACUCCCCAAAAUUGUUUUUGGUCAUACCAUUCAGGACUCCAACAAGUCAGUGUAGGACAGCAAGGGAUACAGGAAGGCAUUUCCCUCUUCUUCAUACCUCUGUUGCCAUCAGUCUCUGUCCUAGAUAUAAUGUCACAAAGCCUUUAGAUGUGUUGUGCCUCUACUGGGCACCAGAGCUUUCACACUGCAGAAAAGUCCUAUAGAUACAAAGAAUAUGAUAAAGAAUUUUAUGUUUCCCUUAUUUAGCAAAAAUGCCAUAGUGUAGAUGAACUUUGUAAAAGUAAAGACAGUAGCUACAUGUUGAACACUUGUUGCAAACUCAACAUGAGAAAUUUAGCCAUGAAUGAAACUAACAUACUUAAUUGAAAGAGAAGCAAUUUCUUCUACUCUUCAUAACUUAACAUCAAAAAAUACAUUUAGUAUAGGAAACCCUACAAAGGAAGUAGUGACAAAGCCUUAAAUCGUUAGGGGCCAUGAGCGAAUUCAUAGUGUAGAGAAACCUUCUACAUAAAAUGAGUCUGGCAGGAUCCAUUUUUAGUAUACACUCCUCAAAAUAGCAAUUGAAGUACACUGAUAUUAGUAGUGUAGCAAUGUCUUUUCUUAUAACUUACAUAGUAAUGGAUAUAAAGGAAUUAUAGUAUGCACAUACUAUUAAUACAGAAUGUGGAUAAACAUGAUGCAUUGUUUAAAAUAUGUAUGAUGUAUUUGAUGUGAUUGAAAGAAGUCAUUACAAACAUCAGAAUCCUGCAGAUCACUCAAGUCUGGAGGUAUCAAUCUGUUACAUAACCAAACUGAUAAAUGACCAGAUUAAACCCUUUCUCCUCUAAGUUGCCCUUGUCAGGUAAUUUAUGACAGCAACAGGAAAAGUUACUUAGACUACAUGCCAAGUACAAGUACCAAUUUGACAUCAGUACAUGUGCAUCAGUAUUUUCUACCUCUUUCCCCUUUUACUCUCAGUCUGCCCCCUUCUGAUGACUCUAUUCCCUCUAAAGGUGUUGCCUUUCUUCCCAUACAUGUAACACACACUCAACACAGUCACCACAGAUAUAGCAUCAGUACAUAGAUGACCUAUGUACAAUGAAUUUCCUCUUUUGGUAAAAAAUUUGAAUGUCUGAUGUGGUGUGAAUAUGUGUGCAUUUGUGUUUGUGCUGUUAAUUACUAUGAUGACUCAUCUUGGUUGGCACCAUGGCCUGACUUGGAAUCAACUGAAACCCAAACUUCUGGGCACUCUUAGAAGGGAUUUUCUUAAUCAUGUUGUAUGAAGAAGAAAGACCACAAUAAAGCUGUGCUACACUCUUUUGUUGACAAUACAAAAGGACAUUGAAGAAAGAGAUUGUGCUUUCUCACUGCUUGCCCUAACUCUCCAUCCACUUGCUGCAACCUUUAUUAAAUCCAACAUCUUCUGGAUUCCAACACAGACUAAAAACUAGCAACUCUUCAAGUAUUAUCCAAAAUUCUUCAGCACCAGAUUGGAACUGUAGCGACAUCCAGCCUCUUGUGUUGAACAGCUGCUAGUAUCAUUCACUUAUAGUGAGACCACCCUAUUGGACUACCUGGACCACAUCCUGUAAGCCAGUUUAAUAAAUUCUAAAUAUUUGCAUUCCAUUGUCCUAUUCCUUUAGAGAAUCCUACAACAGUCACCAUAUGACACUUUUCCCAUUUCCAUGUUAAAUUAAUAUACCCAUUGCAUUAGCACUUGUCUUUGGGUCUUGUUUUACAUUGCAAUGGUCUGUACACUUGUUUUUGUGAAUCUUAUUCAGUCCUUCUCAUUAUAGCUCUGUAGUAGAGUUGGAAGUCAAGUACUAAGCUGUAUCUGACUAUCCUUUCUCCUAUCAUUGCUUUUGUUAUCCCUGUUCUUUUAUGUUCCAUUGUAUUUUUUUUCCUAGUCUAUGAUGACUAAUGUUAUGGAAAGUGAGAAACAAGAGUGAGGCUACUAAGUAACAAAGAAUUUAUGAAAUGUGUAGAGAAAUUAAGAUUGCAAACAAGAUGUUCAUGGACAGUAAAUGGGCUGAUAUGGACAAUUACUGGUCACAUAAGCCUGAAGACAUGGUUUUGAAAGCAGGAUCCAUGUCAAUGUGGAAGAUGAGUGCUUAGCAGUGUUUAAGCAAGCCCAGUGUAGUCAGGUCAAGAUAGACUUUAGUCAUUUUAGUACCACUGAGGGCUUUAGGUUGUUUGGAGAAUUUUACAGACUCCUGUUCAUCAUGUUCAUGUGAUUGCCAAGUUGCAAAGCAAGAUAUAGUAACUAAGCUAAAGUAUUUCUAAGACUCACUACCAGGACACUUAGAGCAGAUGGGGAUCACCCUGUUGUAGAUGGCUUUCAAACUCAGUUGCCCAAAGUGUACGACUCCUCAAAUGGUGAGAUCUGGAAUCAAAUAGGAGACACACUUUCUGGUAAUAACUGUUAGGAAACUUCUAUGGUAGAUCAAUAGGGCAAGACCCUCUCUAGAUGUGUAUGGCUCCAUCUUAUGGGAGUCCACCAUGACACUCUAAACAGUUUUAUCAAAUCAUUCAUUGUGUCCUCCAUCGUGACAAUAUAUGCAAUGCAACCAACAGCAAUAUCCUCUGAAGUGAAAUAUCGCAACCUAGAGGGGCUCAUUCACCUUCAGGAAGUACACAUGUAAUAGGCAUGGGAAAUUCCUAGACAUUUACAAGAUUCACAGGACCCUCCCUGCUGAAGCCUAUAUAAACUGUAAGAACUGAAGGGGCGGAGACCACCUCAUCAGUGGAGCUGCCUGCAAGUCAUACAGUGAGCUGCAGGGAUGUGGCUUGUUUGGGUUCUCACCUAGCAUCCAGUAAGCUUUUUAGUGCUGUUUCCACUGCUGCUGCUUCCUCUAAGUCAUCCCUGUUCUGUUCUCCUCCCUCAACCAUGCUCCUGCCAUUAGCCCCAGUGAACUCACUGUUUCAUGAAGAUUGGUACUUGGAUGGAAUAUUUGUUUAGUCUGUAAUCACAGACCAAUGUGGAGUAACUAGACGUUCUUUCUCUCUUCAUUAGAACAUCACAGAGAUAGUGAGUAUCUUGGUAAUGUUUUAAUUGCUGUAUGAUGAAUCAGAAAAGAAAGAAUUUAAUGUGUUGCUCAAUGGUCCAUAGGGGGAUAGUCGUCUGGUAGAGAGGAUGACAGGAGGUAGGUAGACAUGAUACUAGAGUAAUAGCAGAGAGCUUACACAUUGAUCCACAAACAGGAAACAGAGAAAGCUGACUGGAAAUAACAUGGAAUCUUGGGAGAUCUUCAAAGCCCACCCACCUCCGACCCCCAAUGACAUCCUUGGCAACAAGGUCACACCUUGCCACCUUGCCAAACAGUUCUCACCAACUGGGAACCAAUAUUCAAAUAUAUGAUCCUACUGGGGGCAUUUUUAUUUGAGGCAACGGUGACUUUAAAGUAUAAGACUAGACAAGUAUGAAAUCUGCUGUAACUGUUAAAGAGAUCGACUCCAAUACGACGGUCCUGGUACUCCGGGCUGACAGCACGAAAGGUGCCCUGAGCCAAGACCACGUCCUUGGAAGUCUCAUUUUGUGGAGGUGUAAAUUCAUUUGAGAGAGCAAAACUGAAAAGGCCGUUGAAUGGGCUCCAUGCUCAAAACUACUCUUCCAGGAAAGUGUUUCCCCAGGAUCAGCGCCUAGUGUCAGAUGAAGCAACGCUAUUUGGCCUGGCAUCAUCCCAAGCUGGAAGCAGAACUUGGCAGCAGUGACCACAUGCUUUGGUGUUGUGGGCCUUUGUGGUGCAACACAUAGGUCUUCGUGGAGCUUUGGAACACUGUUACAGAGAGUUGCUUCACCGGGCAACUUGUGGAUGCUCAAUGUCUUCCUCACACUCCUUAUAUGGUCACCGUAUGAAAGAGUACAGGUCACAGCUGAGUCGCAUUGGAACCCAACCAUGCAGCCAUGUCAGAAUCGUAAGAGUGUCCACUGAAAAAAUCCUGUCUGAAAGGAGAACCGCUAACCUAAGACAAGGGCUAUUUCACUUCAUGCCACAGAGAUGAAGGCUUGAGUCUGCACAAUUCCUUGUGGUCCAGACCAUUCCGCUGGGAGCCUCAGAUGCCAUGCAUGUGGUGCUGUGGGAUGUGAGCCAUCCCUGCUGCACUAAUGCAUGCCCCGGGCCACCGCCACAAGCUGUGAAUGUGGGAUUUUAAAAGCAGCUUGUUGCUUGUCCAUGGGCUGACUCAGCUUUUGCUCUCCACGCCCCCUGUGAUGGCUAAGGAAAAGUCCACUUUGUGCUAGGCAACCACUCUGAAUUCCUAAAAGAUAAGCUCCCAGUAACUCUGACUCCCCACCCCCUCGUCCCCACCCCCCAUCCCCAGUGUAAAACUGUUGGGAAAUGGCUAAAGCUUGUUUUGGUUUCUGUAAACUAGCUUACUGCCGCUUAGCUGGGAGUGAGGCAGUUCCUCAAGGAGCUGUAAAUUCCGCAGAAAUGAAGUUAUGGUCACCCUUGCCUUUAAAAUGCCUGCUACUUGUUAAGCUGGGCCAAGGGAACUGAUGACAGCCGCGUGCGACAUAAAAUUUCGACUCAUUACAUCUCG